UCUUUGUCUCUUUUUAAGAACUUAUUUAAAAAGAGACAAAUAUAUAAUUUAAUCGAAGGUUCAAUUUAAUCGACGUUGGUAGAAACAGGCCAUAAAGCACGACUGGUAUAAGUAAUAUAUAUAUAAUUUAUUUGCAAAUUCUUCCUCUUUAAAGAACGGUUUAUUCUGUUGAUAAUAAAUAGAAAAGUUUAAAUUUUAUUGAUAAUAAAUAAAAAGUUGCAAUGGAGCUAAAGCGACCAGAUAAACCAGCAAAGUGCACGUGGAAAGCGAACGAGGAAAAUUCACCCCACACGAAACGAACAGAGACAUUGGACCGUAAGAAAAUAUUACCCAACGUUUUAAGUACAAUAGGUCAGACACCCCUCAUUCGGCUCAAUAAUAUUCCUAAAGCUAAUGGGAUCAAAUGUGAAAUGUAUGCAAAGUGUGAGUUCUUUAAUCCUGGAGGCUCUGUAAAAGAUCGAAUAGCAAAUAGAAUGAUAGAGGAUGCGGAAGAAAAGGGACUGAUAAAGCCAGGCUAUACUAUUAUAGAACCUACUAGUGGAAAUACUGGAAUUGGUCUAGCAGUAGCUGCAGCAGUUAAGGGCUAUAAAUGUAUCAUUGUCAUGCCUGAAAAAAUGUCUAAUGAAAAGGUCUAUGUACUUCGCGCACUCGGUGCAGAAAUCAUUAGGACACCAACCGAAGCUGCUUGGUACAGUCCGGAAGCGCAUAUCAGUGUUGCUCAAAAAUUGCAAAAGGAGAUACCCAACAGUAUUGUCUUAGAUCAGUAUACAAAUUCUGGUAACCCAUUGGCACAUUAUGAUCAAACUGCGACUGAACUUUGGGAUCAAUGUGAUGGAAAAAUUGAUUAUGUAAUUGUUGGUGCUGGUACUGGAGGUACAGUCACAGGAAUUGCACGUAAAUUGAAGGAACUGUCGCCUGAUGUAAAGAUUAUUGCUGUGGAUCCGAAAGGAAGUAUUUUAGCAGAGCCACCUGAGUUGAAUAAAGAGGACGUUGGUUUUUAUGAAGUAGAAGGAAUUGGAUACGACUUUGUACCGACGGUUUUGGAUCGCAGUGUUGUUGACAUGUGGAUGAAGACGGAAGACUACGAAUCAUUAAAUGCAGCACGUGAAUUAAUUCGUACAGAGGGACUCUUAUGCGGAGGUAGCAGUGGUGCGGCACUUUCCGCAGCGAUUAAAAUUGCUAAAAAUCUGUCGGCGGAUAAACGUAUGGUCGUCCUUUUACCAGAUGGUAUACGCAAUUACAUGACAAAAUUUGUAUCAGAUCAAUGGAUGGAGGCCAGAGAUUUUUUGACAUGCGAACCUUCAACAGAGAGAAACAAAUGGUGGUGGAAUAUACCGUUAUUAAAUUUAACGUUACAUAAGCCUGUAGUAUUAUCGAAGGGAAUGUCAUGUCAAGAUGCUGUAGACUUCUUUAAAACUAGCAACACGCAACAACUAUUAGUAACUGAUGACACAAAAAUACACGUGAAAGGUGUUAUUACGUCAGAUGCGCUCCUAUCUAAUUUGAUUUCUGGGACGGUUGAGCAAACGGACUGCGCCGAGAAAGUCAUGAUCAAGCAAUUUACAAAAGUUACAAACUCGAUUACGCUGGGUAAACUAUCACGUAUUCUUGAAAAAGAAUCUUCUGUCGUAGUUUUAAACGACGAUAAUGCAUUGGUCGGGAUUGUAAAUCAAAAUGAUAUUUUCAAUUUUAUAAUUAAGGGCGAUAAUACAGCACAGAAUAAUGGUAUUAUGUAAAAUUCGCCCAUGUUAUAUAAAUGUGAUAAAGCAAGAUUGUCGUUUGUACAAUAUUUGCGUAUUUAGACAAGUAAGAAGGCUAAAUAUAAGAAUAAUUGAAUUUUA